GUUAAAAAUAGCCUUUGAAAGAAAGUAACCACAUAUAAAUAAUAAUAAUAAUCAAAUAUUAAUAAUAGCCACAACAAUAACAUGGGACAAAUAAGAAUGACGUCUAACACAUAAAGUUUGGGUAAAUAUUUUGAUACUAAAUCUAUAUUCAUUUGGAUUCCCCUAGUUAUUUAUCACUACUUGAUAUUCAGGUAGUCAUAUAAUCAUAUGUAUGUACUAGGACAAGGUACAGUACCCUAUGAUCAAAUUCAUAUGAAAAUGUGUUUUGCGCUUAUUCAAAAGUGUACCAAUGUUUAACAAAAGAAAAAUGUAGUAAUAUUCGUUCAGACAUUCUUAGAUAAAGUUAUGUUGAAUGUCGGACAUUCUAAGAUAGAGUUAAGUUGAAUGUCAUUUUAUCUCAAAUGCAUUAACAUUCAUUUUCAAAUAAUUUGAUACUGCUAUGAACGUUUCCUAAAAUAUAUCAACACAAUAAAAAUACAUUGUUAAGUAGUCUACGCUGAUUUCGUGCUUUAUUAUUCAUUCAUUGUGAGCUUUAAAACUGUCGUCCAAAUUUGGAAAUCUUUAUGGGUUGCAAGUGCAGAUUUUAUCAAUAACUAUAAAAGGAGGAGAGAAUGUAAUACAUUAAACAUUUGCCACAUUGAUAUCCUCAUUCAACACGUUCAUGUGGCGGGAAACAAACACACUUUUCUUCUACGCCUAAAAAUAAAAUGUUCAAGUACGUUAACGUGUAAUUUGUUGCUUGCAUUAUGUGACUUUAAUUGACGUUAUAUUUAAAAAGCCAGUAGCAGUUGUCAACUUGAUAGAUCAGUUCUAUAUGAUUGGCACAAUCAACGCAGCAGAAUUUUAAUGUUGUUUUAAGGUAUUUGCAAAUUUCAGAUGCAAUAUGUGCUCUAUAGAGUCUUAAGCCAUAGUGACUGACAUGGGCGUUACGGAGUAGUAAACAUUCCUGGAAAUAGUGAAUAUGCUAUACACCAGAUAUAUAUUAUUCAGAAAUGUAAUUUAACGUCAGCGGUCAAACGGGUAUUUUAUGUAGUAAGUAACCGUUACUAUCUGUUACUAUAGUAAUAGACUUCUGCCAGUAAGUCAUGUCAGUUAGAAGUAUCGUAUUUAUAUAUAGAGAGAUAAUAGGCCUGCAGUUAAGCUUACUGUAUUGUUUCAUUUAGGUAUCCAGCCACCUUACACUACAUUAUAUCCUGCCAUCACAUUCAUUCCUUACAUCAGUUUACUGGGCGUUACAGCACUGUGAACUAAAGGAAACUAUAUUAGAAGGGAAAAACGCAGUACAUUUACUGAUAUUCUUAAUGUUGCACUAAUCAUGUCGAUCAUAAAAAAGUGAAUAUUUAAUACCUUGUUAAGAAGAUGACAAAUAUCGUUCUGAUUGUUUUGAUACAUCAUUAUGAGAUCGAAGCAAAGAGAUUCAUUUCAUCAUUCGACAUUUAGUGCAAUCUUACCGUGUCUACCGGUGAACAAAAAGUACGAUAUAUAGGAAUUUAAUUAUCGCGUGUAGAUUUUAAGACAAAAGGUGGCAAACGUAUUCAUUUUAUCAAAUGUAACUGUAAAGUAAUACUUAGUAAAUAGCAAAUAUUGUCUGUAAAGGGAAUGCAAAAAUGCUGACUGAAUAGAUAAGUAGGAAAAAUCACUCGGAUGUGAUAACACAGCAUAAUAAAAUUGAGUAUCAUUCACAUUGUUGGGAAAAGGAUUUCAGUGGUUGUAAAAUGGAUUAAUUAAUACCGUGAUAUUACAAAAUAUAUACCGUAAGUAAAAUAUAUAUUACGUGCAGUAAUUUAUAUGUUCAGCAAGUAGAGCACUAGGUUAUGGACAGUUGAAGAAUUUAUCAAGUCAAGCUAUUAAGAUUAUUUGUUUUGUAACUUUCAUGAAUUAUUUAUGAGAACGACUUCGUUCAAAAUUUUAUGUGUUUAUUUUGUUGAUCAGACGUAACAACUUCUUAAUGCACAUGUACAUGUUUUGGCGCAAACACAGUUAAUGUGAUAUGCUAUACUUGAAACGUGACAAUUUAAAAAGACAUUUAGUGAAUCGGGAUUUUUAAGUGCAUACGUGUCACCGAUUUUUAUACUAUGUGGACAACUUUAAACGUGAUUUAUUUAUUGCCAUAAAAUGUUUUCAGUCAAAACCGCUAAUUUAAUAUUUUAUUCAGGAUAUAAAUGUAGAAUUUAACGACAUUGGUUGCAUCAUGAUUAGCUAAUUUGGUGAAAGCAGCGUUCGCAUCACGUUAUUGUCGCGGUUACCUUACUGGACAGGCCAUGAUGUCAAGGGAUUCCGAACAGAUGACAAGCAAUUUCACUUCCUUGUUCGGAUUACUGAUAUAAUAUAAGUACAUCUGAGCAAAAAGAUUUAUUCAGUUUUGAGAAAUCUACAUUUUUAGAGAGUUUCUCAUAAAUGCGUUUAUAGAUGACUGUUACUAUAGUAACUUUUUAGCCAUAUGCCAGUUUGAGAGGAAGAUAUACGUCAAAUUAGUCAUACCGUAAGAAGGAUAUCACAAUGCACGUGCAUGCUAAAAAUAAAGUGUUAUAGAAAUUGUACUUCAGCAUAUUAACAUACACAAUUUUCGGAUAUGGUAAGUCUGGACAGAUGAUUUGUGUUAACAGAUACAGAGAAAUUUUGACAAUCAUCUAUAUACUGUUUUUAAUGCUAAAACGGAAUAGUGUAGUGGAGUGUCGGGCAAUAAUGGUUGAGCCUCCCCACAGAUCCAGCUUAUGGAGAUUUAACUAUAAUACAACAGUCAAUCUACGUGACGAUAGCCUCAACUGCGGCGGAUAUGAUUGGCAGUGGCGGGUGCACCAGGGACGUUGUGGUGUAUGCGGUGAUCUAUGGAAUGGUACCCAGCAUAAUGCUGACCGGGGCCAGUACGAUACAGGGAUCAUUGUGAGGAGAUACACUGACGGCCAUUACAUUAACGUCACAUUUGAGGUGAGCAGUAACUACCUGGGUUACGUAGAGUUCAGACUGUGUCCACGAAAUUCCAGUGAAGUUGUUCUCGACCAGUCAUGUUUCGACAGGUAUCCUCUCUGGAUUGAUGAGUCACAUGGUACUCGAUAUUACAUCGGCUCACGUGGAGGUAUCUAUGACAUUCAUAUCCGUCUACCUGGUGGACUCGUGUGCAGAAAAUGUGUUUUACAAUGGAAAUAUAAAACAGGAUACAGAUAUAAUGGAGAGGACACAUGUAAGUGUUUGGGAUGCGGCAAACAAGAGCAGUACGUGAACUGUGCAGAUAUUGAGAUCACGCCUACAGGUGGUUGGCCAAAGGAGCAGACAGGUUCCGGAAGUACGCAAGAUUCGAUCCCGGUUAUUCCAGUCGUCAUUCAGCCUACGAGAUCUACUCAACAGAAUCCGAAUACGACAAUCAUUGAAGAGAAAAUUGAUACGAGUAUGAAACAGUUAGCUUCUAUUAUAGACCAUACGUCAGCACCUACAACAACUCACCUUUCACCGUCCAGGGAGGUUGUUUCGCUUCCUCCUAUACUAAAUAUUCCAACGUUAAAUGUUACAUCUGUAAAUAAUGUAGUAAAAAGUAUACAUCUGCAGCAAACCCAUUUAGCUAAAGUGAAAACUACAAGUAUUUCACCUACAUUGAGGACAUCAGUUACAUCACCAUCUAUUAUAUCACCGUCCGGAGCACCACGUGUUCUUAUGACUGCAGCACCACGUGUUGGACAGCAAGUUAUAACUCUGGACGCUAUUCGCAGAGAAAUAGUUAAGAAACUAGGUAGUGAAGUGACAAAUGGAAUGAAAAUAUUCUUUACACCUCCUAAAGAAACUGGUCAAACACCACGGCCAGUGACAUCGAGACCUCAGCAUGUUAGAUUACCAGCUGCACCGCCAAGACCUGAAGUCCCAAAUACUCAGUUUGUCUCUGUUAGUAAUAUCUUAGAUAGAUUUUAUCCGAAUUACAUCACACCAUUAUUAUUUUCAUUGGCUCAGCCAAAGACUUCCGGUUCAAAGACUACAGCUGGAUGUGAUGUCACUUCCGAUGAGUUCCGGUGCAAAGCACGUGGAAUUUAUAAUCAAAGUCCCGGCAUAAGUAAGUGGUGUGAAAUUAAUUGUAGAGCAAGUAAUUGUGUUACUUUUAUGUGUGAAUGUUCCUGUGAGGACAAGGCGAAGAGUCAGAACACUAGUUGUCAUGCCAUCGCCGAGUUCCAUGGUGUAGAGGGGAUGGAUCAGUGGUGUAUAGCGAACUGUAAAGUAGGUUAUUGUCCUGCAAACACUUGCAGCGUCGAAGAUUGUAUGAAUAAAUCUUCAAAUGGCGAGGCAUGACUAGCACUGGGUUCAAUGACAUCUCGUACACCAGUAACAGCAGCAACAAAACCAGUUACGUCGUCACCUCAGAUUAAACCAAAGUUAGAAAACCUCUCUACAAAAGGUAGACCACCAACGUAGGGCAAAAUUGAUUGUUGACAGAAUAACUACACGUUAUCAUCCAAAUGUAAUAGAAAAUGCUAAACGAUAUUGUAUUGCACCUUGCUCGCUGUUCUAUUCAAGCAGUGUUAGAAUGAAUUGCAGCAAUCUGCCGUUACAGUGUAACGAAGUCAUUGAACCUGAUGUUUGCUUGUGAUUUAAACAUUACAUUUUGCUCCCAUGUUACCAUAACAUUUGCGUGAAAGACUCUUGUGAUUUCAACAUUACAUUUUGCUCUCGUGGAACCAUAAUAAUUUAUGUUCGUAAAACAACUUCUUAAUGUGAAAGCUGAGGUUAUUUUUCGUGAUCUAACAAAAGUACUACAACUAGCUCGAACAUGUGUGUAAAAUGUGGACAAAAUGAGUACUAGUAUAACCACGAGGCAGUAGAACAUUCUGUUAUUUUUUCAGUUAUUAACUCCGUUAAGUUACAAUGAAAUCUGAAACGUCAGUAUUUUCCCAUGUUGACGUUCAGAUUUCAUAUGGGUGUGCGGUGUCAUUUGUGACAUAAGGUGCAUGUGUAUCAUCGCGUUAAAAUUUGUUUAACGUCGAUAGUUUCAAUUUUACUCAUGCUAACGAACACAUUUAUAUCAUUUAUAUAACAAUUAUAGUGUUGAUACGUUUGUUGUAAUUGCAUCGUGAAACAUGCAUUUGUUCUUUCGCGGAAUAAUAUUACGAUCAUGAAGUCGCGCAGUAUAUGACUGCAGAACUAGUGUAUAUUUCUCGAUACAAGUAUAAUAAUAUCUAUGUUUCCAAGCAAAAAUAAUGUCGGUGUUUAUCAUAUUUGGAUACUAUCAAGUUAUUAUAUUAUAUACGCUGAAAUUUCGGUUACUUGUAGAAAGAACCGAAUCUAUUAAGUAUCCGAUUGUUAGUUUAUUACUGUCUGUUUUACAUACAUCGUUAUAACUAUUUUAUUAACAAAACUGUAGUGUAAAUAUUUAUAUAUUUAUAUCAUUCUUAAUACCGGUGAUUUUAAACUGGUAUAAUGUUUGUCAUACGUUGUCAUGUUGUCUACUAAGUUAUUCUAUGAAGCAGUCCUAUAUUUUAUACGAUGGGAGUUCAGAAAAUUUUGAGGCUGUCCAUAUAAGAUAAAGCAAACUGUAUUUAAGCACAUUGCUUACACCAGUACCUAAAAAUAUUCACCCUGAACUGACACGCACUUUUUAUGCGGGGUAUCAAUGACCUGAAAGCUUUAGAGUAGUCUGUCCUUCCUAUACUAUGCAUACACUUAUACAAUGCAUUUUUCAGCACGGACAGGGACUUGGGUCGGGCGAAUAUGGAGGGUGCGGCAAUGCAUCUUUAUGUAGGACCUUGAUUCCGUCCUACCUGAAGCCUCCUUGCUUACGCCAGCGUAUCCGAGUGUAGUGUGUUUAAACGCUUGUAAGUCAGCUAUAUAACAUAACCAGUUGUGUUGAAAUUCUCAAUAUACAU